AUUUUGCUAUAAUUAAUAUUUAUGACUUAAUUUCAAUGUCUAAAAUCAGACCAAAAUAGCUUUAAUUCUGUUUUACUGUUGAGGAAUGUUACUCAGAGGAUGUCACAUGAUGAUGUCAUAAUUUGGAAUUUUAGAAUGUUCCGCCUAUAAAAGGAGCAAAGCUGUCAGAUUCUAAAUCAUUUCUGACUGAUGCAUCUAACUAAGGCGUUCCCUUGCAGAUACAACAGUUGCAAUAGCGAUUUUUACUUGGCAUUUGCGAUUUGUACUCAGCCAUCGUGAGUUCCACACAGCGGUUUGCUUUGGACCAAGAGCUUUCUGACAAAAAUCUUCUUUCAGAGACAGUCAAAAUGACCACGUGCUACGGUUCAGGUGAGGUUAAAGGUGAAAGAGACCAGUCGGGCCCUUUGUUUGUGGGUAAUUUACACCAACAUGUAACCGAACAGGUGCUGCUAUCAGCCUUCCUCCCAUUUGGACCAAUCUGUUUUGUGCAAGUGUGCAGAGAUAGAGCAACCAACUUCUCUCGUGGGUUUGGCUUUGUUACUUUUGCACACUGUCACAAUGCAGAAAACGCCCUAGAUUCUUUGAUUUUUUCUGAGCUCUUGGGCAAACCCAUGCAAAUCAUGUGGGCUCAACACAAUUCCACUUUGAGAAAAAGUGGAAUUGGAAAUAUAAUUAUUAAGGGCUUAGCAAGAGACAUCGAUGACCUUGCCCUAUACAACACUUUCUCAUGCUUUGGGGAAGUUCUUUCCAGCCGAGUGGUGUGCGACAGUAAUGGUGAACCUAAAAGCUAUGGUUUUGUCCAUUAUGCCACACUGGAGGCUGCUGAACUGGCAAUUAAGAAACUAGAUGGAAUGCUGCUAAAUGACCAUCUAGUUUCUAUAAGCCAUUACAAGCCCUACGAGGAACGCCAGGCGAACCGAAAAGCCAAUUCCAAAUGCUGCAAAAAGAAAGACAACAGCAUUUGCAAUAAACCAGCCAUCGUGAGUUCCACACAGCGGUUUGCUUUGGAACAAGAGCUUCUUGACAAAAAUCUUCUUUCAGAGACGGUCAAAAUGACCACGUGCUACGGUUCAGGUGAGGUUAAAGGUGAAAGAGACCAGUCGGGCCCUUUGUUUGUGGGUAAUUUGCACCAACAUGUAACCGAACAGGUGCUGCUAUCAGCCUUCCUCCCAUUUGGACCAAUCUGUUUUGUGCAAGUGUGCAGAGAUAGAGCAACCAAAUUCUCUCGUGGGUUUGGCUUUGUUACUUUUGCACACCGUCACAAUGCAGAAAACGCCCUAUAUUCUUUGAUUUUUUCUGAGCUCUUGGGCAAACCCAUGCAAAUCAUGUGGGCUCAACACAAUUCCACUUUGAGAAAAAGUGGAAUUGGUAAUAUAAUUAUUAAGGGCUUAGCAAGAGACAUCGAUGACCUUGCCCUAUACGACACUUUCUCAUCCUUUGGGGAAGUUCUUUCCAGCCGAGUGGUGUGCGACAGUAAUGGUGAACCUAAAAGCUAUGGUUUUGUCCAUUAUGCCUCACUGGAGGCUGCUGAAUUGGCAAUUAAGAAACUAGAUGGCAUGCUGCUAAAUGACCAUCUAGUUUAUAUUAGCCAUUACAAGCCCUACGAGGAACGGGAGUUACAGAAAAAAGCCAGUUCCAAAUGCUGCCAAAAGAAAGACAACAGUCUUUAUAUAUCAAACCUGCCAUACAGCUUGGGCAGUGAGGAGCUGUGCUCCCUGUUUUCUGCGUUUGGAUAUGUGACCAGUGCAAAGGUUAUUAUGAACAACAGGUGGAGCAUGGGUUAUGGAUUUGUUUCAUAUUCCUCAAUUAAUGAUGCCGUUAUAGCUGUAUCAUUAAUGAAUGGCUAUAUUGUCGGCAACCGGCCACUGAAGGUUGCUUUCUCCCAUAGUGUAGAUAAAAAGGAAAUAGAACCCUAGCGAAGAACAAAUAAAAAAGAGAGAGAAAAAAUCCUAAACCUAUUUAAAAAACAUUUAAAUAAAAUUCUAAUCCUAUCCCUAGUGCAUAAAAAAAAAAAAAAAUCCUAAGCUUAUCCUAUCCCGAGUGCAAAUAAAUAAAAUAAAAUAAAACAAAUCAUGAGUCUAUCCUAUCCCGAGUGCAAAUAAAUAAAAUAAUAAAUUAAAAUUAAAUUAAAUUAAAAAAAAUUAAACCUAUCCUAUCCAAAACAAUAAAAAAUAUCUAAGCCUAUCCUAUCCCUAGUGCAAAACAUAAAUAAAAUAAAACAAAUCAUGAGUCUAUCCUAUCCCUAGUGCAAAAUAAAUAAAUAAAUAAAUAAUUACAAAACAAAUAAAAAAUCCUACGCUUAUCCUAUUCUG